AUGAUUCGUCGUGCUAGCAGCCCUAUGCAGUUCGUCUUAGAACAUGCCAUGUCGUGCUAUACCACGGUGUAUGAUGUAUCCGGUUGGGUGAAGCAGGCUCGACCUUGCGAAAGUGGAGCCUCAGUUCGACCACUACUGCUGUCAAGCAAAAGCCCUGCAAUCAUCAGUCUAUUUGGUUCACUACUUCCAAAUGAUGCCUCUAAGUUGCGUCGUGCCACUCAAGACUACGUUUUUUCUGCUUUGCGUCGUAGUCAUCGCUCGUAUUUCGUUCACUGCAUCCAGCCUUCAGCAAAUUUGCGUUCUAUUUCGAGCUCACAUGAAAUGAUUGACGUAUCGUUUGUUCGGAGGUAUCCUGAAAGAGUACCAUUUCGCGAUUUCCGUCGUCGUUUUGGUUGUCUCGUUGAGGAUGAACUAAAUUCAUCAAUUAACAAUGCACUUGAUGAUCGAGCUGCGGUAUCACGGAUUCUGGAACGAAUGGAUAUACAUCCAAGCAGAUAUCGUCUAGGAAUUAGCCAGGCAUCUUUGGAAGAUGAGCGAGUUAGCCGAACGUCGUCUGUUGCAAAGUUGGAUUCAGAUGAGAAGGCUGCUGAAUUAAAAAUCGAGUUAGCACGGGUUCAACAAGCUGAGGAACAAAUGCGAGCGAAAACGCAACAUGUCGUUACGCAGCUCAGGGACGUUGAAGUUGAACUGAACAACAUUCGUGCGCGAAACGAAACGUUGGAGAAAAAGCAACAGAGAUUUGAUGCUGAUAUCAAGGCCGUCGAAAAACAACUGGAAGAAAUGAAAGAAAACAAAGAGAAAGCAGAGAAAGAGAGGGAUGAGCUUCGAAUAACUGUGUCAAGAAAAACUGGAGAAGUUCAGGUUGACGACACAUUUGUGCUUACAAACUCUAAAAAAUCUCUGUAUUUCGUUCGUAUUUUUUGA